AUGGUGGCGCUCAACCCCUUGUUGUUAUUCGGGCUCGCUGGCUUCGCCGGCUUCAACGUCGACAAGCUCAUCACUUUUGACGGCGAGGCCGGCCAGGCCGUGUCCACGGACGAGUGGAACGUCAUAACUGACGUCCAUUACAACAACGAAGUCCAAGAAUACACCACCUCCACCGACAACAUGCACCACUCGGGCAACGGCACCCUCCUCGUCAUCCCGCUGCGCUCCGACGACGGCCAAUGGACCUCCGGCCGCAUCGAGUCGACAGCCACCUACGAGCCGGCCGACAAGAAAGUCACGCGCUUCCAGUCCUUCCUCCGCUUCGGCGACAGCCCCAAGGAGAAACAACAGGGGAUCUGGCCGGCCUUCUGGACGCUGGGGGCCUCGUCGCGCGAGCAAGGCAUCCCGUGGCCCGAGUGCGGCGAGCUGGACAUCAUGGAGCGCAAGAACGGCGAGUCGGUCGGCCACGGCACCCCCCACUGCGGGCCGGGCGACAGCCCGUGCAGUUCGCUGACCAAGUCGGUCAAGCUGGCGGACAAUGGUUGGCAUACGUGGGCGAUCGAGGUGGAUAGGACGGACGGGGACUGGAAGAAGCAGACGAUUCGGUGGCUGCUGGAUGGGGAGGAGUAUAAUAAGGUGAUGGGGGAGGAUAUGGAGAAGAAGGAGAUUUGGGAGUCGGUGGCGCACCAGCCGCAUUAUUUUAUCUUGAAUGUGGCUGUGGGCGGGAACUGGCCUGGACCACCCAACGACAAGACGGCCGACGGCAUGGACAAUGUAUUGGAGGUCAAGUACAUCGCUGUGGGUUCCAAGUAG